AUGGAGGGCACGCGCCUGCAGAACCCGGAGGUGGUCCAAGAGGAGGCGCGGCGCCUCAAGGAGAAGCUGCCCUUGCAGGACUCCAGGCGAACCCUACACGCCGAGGGCUACGCCUGCGCUCACUCCGCGCUCCCCGCGCUGCGCGUCACCCCGGAGCUCUUCUUGCCCCGGUACAUGUGCAAGUGCCGGCCCGGCCACUUCGGAAAGGGUGCCACCUGCCAGGCUUGCCCUGCCGACACCUUCGCAGAUGACGAGGACCAGGCGCAGUGUGAGAAGUGCCCGGCCAACAGCACCUCGGCCAAUGGCUCUGCGGCUCUGAAUGCCUGCGAUUGCAGCUAUGGCAAGCCUCGGGGCGAGAAGGGCAACCGGAGUUGCCAAUGUGAGGCUCACACGGCGCAGCUUGGUGGCCUCUGUGCGCCAUGCAGCAAACUCCACAUCGACUGUCCUGAGCCCGGCAGCAUCGCAGCACAUGCUCCGGUGGAACAAGGCUAUGCCCGCAUCUCCGGCUCCCUUCAGGUCUUCCGCUGCUUAGAGGCAGAGCGUUGCACGGAUUCGGGCUGCGCAGCUGGAUACUCUGGCCCCCUGUGUGUGGAGUGCGCUCCUAACUACCACUCCUUCAACUUCGGCAAGCAGUGCGACGAAUGCCAGAGCCUGCGCCAGCAGUCGGUGCUCUUGGUCUUCGUGGUCUCCCUGGGAACUCUGGCGCUGAUGGGCGCCUUCGUCGCCGCAGGCUGCCUCCUGAGGAGCUACAUGCCAAAGCCUGGUCUGGGAGUGGAGUGCGCGGCGCAGCUCCUGGUGUCUCAAGGGGCGGUGUUGCUGCAGCUGGCGCAGCUCUGGGUUCUGCUGGCGCGCCUGACGAGCGCCAGGGAGGCACAAGAAGUCUUGCAGGAAGUGGUCGCGUACAAUGUCACAGAUGACGUCCCCGCCCCUGAGGAGUUGAACACGGAUCGGGACCCGCUGUUGUCCUACAUCGAAAUCCUACAGUUCACCGGCUCGGAGUUGCAAAGCUUCCUGGACUUCCAGUGCCGCUACGACGGUGCGACGGUCCGCGGCAUCUUCGCCCUUGCCACGCCCCUCCUUCCCUUGCUGGUCCUGGUUGCAUGCGCCUGCCUAGAGCUUCGGAACCUUGGCAUGGGCAUCCAGCUGGCCCUCCGAGCCUUGACGGUCCUCUUCGUGGGAGGCGCCUCCGGCGCGGUGAAGCUGCUGGGCUGCCAGCGCGCCGACGGCGAAGGUACCUGGAUACCGGACGACCUGGCCUUCCGGCCGCUUUUCCCGUGGCUCCGGUGCUCGAAGGAGACCGCCGCAGCCGCCUGGGUGGACCGAAUCGGCUGGAGCACUGCCGCUGUCUAUGGCGGUGCGGUGCCCUGCUUCCUCGCCUUCCUCUUCUUCAGGCAGCACCGCACCAUGCGGCAGUGCAAGACCUUCUUUGUCGUCAGUGCCAACCAGGAGAGCGGCAGCGUCCAGCUGGAGCUAAGAGCAUGUGCAAAGUCGGAGCACUUCGAGGAGGAGCUCCUGGCAAGUCGCCUACUGGGGGCUGCAGCGGCCCACCUAGCGGUGCAGAGGCCAGGAGAAGUUUUGGUGGAGCUCCACCAAAACGUGGUGAUUGUGACAGGGCAAAGUGGCAUCAGUCAGGAAGAGAAGAGCAGCGGCUUUUCUUCCAUCUCGGCCGAGAGCUUCAUUGAGAGCGACAUGAAAGACACCGUGCUGGCACGGAGCUACAUGAUGCAGAUGCUUACGGAGCGCAGCAUCUUAGAGGAGAUCCAAUCAGACAGAAUGCUGAUCGGGGCGAAGCAACUUCUUUGCAAGUACGCCUAUUGCGGCGGAGUGUGGAUGGAAGUCGCUCUGAAACUGAGCUCCGCGUGCCUCGUUUCCGUGGCUCACCUGAAACCACACAAAACAGAAGGGUUUGUGGUGUAG